CCGCUCGCACCGUGACUGAUGCUGUGUGAGACGCGCACUAUGCUGGCGACGCUGACGAGGGUGGCAGCUCUGCGCAGAACCGGCCUCUUCUCCGGCUGGGGCGGCAGGAGGGGGCUGUGGACUGGCCGCCCGCAGUCAGAUAUGGAGAAUAUAAAGCCAUUGGAAGGUGUAAAAAUUCUGGAUUUAACAAGAGUCCUGGCAGGACCUUUUGCUACUAUGAAUUUAGGAGAUCUUGGAGCAGAAGUUAUAAAAGUGGAGAGACCAGGAGCUGGUGAUGAUACACGAACUUGGGGGCCACCUUUCGUGGGAACAGAAAGUACAUAUUAUCUCAGUGUUAACCGAAAUAAAAAAAGCAUUGCUGUUAAUAUCAAGGAUCCGAAAGGGGCGAAAAUCAUCAAAGAGCUUGCAGCUGUUUGUGACGUGUUUGUGGAAAACUAUCUCCCUGGCAAACUGUCUGCAAUGGGCCUGGGAUAUCAAGAUAUAGACAAGAUUGCUCCUCACAUCAUCUAUUGUUCCAUCACAGGGUAUGGUCAAACAGGUCCAAUUUCUCAGCGAGCUGGUUAUGAUGCUGUUGCCUCUGCUGUUUCUGGUCUGAUGCACAUCACGGGGCCUGAGGAUGGAGAGCCAGUUCGCCCAGGAGUAGCCAUGACUGAUCUUGCCACAGGCUUGUAUGCAUACGGAGCUAUUAUGGCUGGAUUGAUACAAAAAUACAGAACUGGGAAAGGACUGUUCAUUGAUUGUAACCUACUGUCGUCCCAGGUGGCGUGUUUGUCCCACAUAGCUGCAAAUUAUCUUAUUGGUCAAAAGGAAGCAAAACGUUGGGGUACAGCUCAUGGAAGUAUUGUUCCUUACCAGGCUUUUAAAACCAAGGAUGGCCAUCUUGUAGUUGGAGCGGGAAAUAACCAGCAGUUUGCCACCGUGUGCAAGAUCUUGGAUUUGCCUGAGCUGAUUGAUGACUCCAAGUAUAAAACUAACCACCUUCGGGUACAGAAUAGAAAAGAGCUUAUUAAAAUAUUAUCUGAAAGAUGGAGUUUCGCUCUUGUUACCCAGGCUGGAGUGCAAUGGCGCGAUCUCGGCUCACUGCAACCUCCGCCUCCUAGAUUUGAAGAAGAACUGACCAGCAAGUGGUUACGUCUCUUUGAAGGCAGUGGAGUCCCAUAUGGCCCAAUCAACAACAUGAAGAAUGUAUUUGCAGAACCUCAGAGGACUGAACUUGAAUACUGGAGCCACUUCACUCAGACAUAUGGAAAUCUGGGAUUGUCUAGAAGUUUGUCUCCACAGCAGAGUUAUCUGCAGUGUUAUGUUGCAGAGUGGUGCAGCAGUAUGAAGGCCCUGUUUCCUUGCCUUGAGAUGGACACACUACAGCUUUCUGCAGGAUCAGGCUGAGGCAGACCCUUCAGACCCUUGUUUGGAUUCUUCCCCUUCUUGGCCCCACUUUCCUUAUUCCCUUAACUGAUUUCUCCUGGGAGCACUUCCCUAAUAAAUCGCUUGCACACAGACUCUUGUCUCAUGGCCUGCUUCAGGAGAACUAGCAGGUGUUGUGUGAAUAUUUGCAGAAUGAAUGAAUGCUUCAAAAGGAGUAUAGCAUAAUAGGAGCAUGGAUUCUGUAGCCAGACUGCCUGAAUUUAAAUCCUAGUUCUACCACUUAGCAGCCACGUGACUUUGAAUAAGUCAUCUAACUUUUUUGUGCUUCAGCUUUUUUAUUCAUAUACUGAAGCUAAAAUAGUACUUUAUAUGGGGUUGUUAUGAAGAUUAACUAAAUUAAUACUUUUAAAGCCUUUGGAACAGUUUCUGGCACAUAAUAAGUGGUAGUUUAGUGUUUGCAAGAAUAGAUUAAAAAUAAAUGCAUUAAAUGACAUUAAAAACAUAAAUAAGUGGAAAGACAUCUUGUGAUUAUGGAUUGGAAGACUAUAUUAUUCAGAUGAUGCUACUACUCAAAGUGAUCUCCAGAUUUAAUGCAACCUCUAUCAACAUCCCACUAGUGCUUUUUACAGAAAUUAAAUACCCAUCUUAAAGUGAGCUCAAAUAGCCAAAACAAUCUUGUAAAGGAACAAAGCUGGAAGACUAACACUUCCAAAUUGCAAAAUUUACUUCAAAGCUAUAGGAAUCAAAACAGUAUGGUCUGGCAGAAGGAUAGGCAUAUACAGACUAAUGUAAUAGUCUAUAUAUUAUAUAGACUAUUCUAUAUUUUACCCCACACAUACGGGGUAAAAGCUGAAUUUUAAGCUAGGUGCUAAGACUAUUCAAUGAAACAAGGAAAGUCUUUUCAACAAAAGUGUGUGGAAAACUGAUCUCCACAUGCAAGAGCAUGAAAUUGUAUCCUUACCUUAAGAGAUAAAGGUAUAAAACUCUUAGAAAAAAACAUAGGGGGAUGUCUUCAUGACAUUGUAUUUGGCAAUGAUUUCUUGGAUAUGACAUCAAAGACACAGGCAAUUAAAGAAAAAAUAAACAAAGUGGACUUCAUCAAAAUUAAAAAUUUUUGCACAUCAAAAGACACUAUUAAGGCCAGGCAUGGUGGCUCAUGCAUGUAAUCCCAGCACUUUGGAAUGCUGAGGUAGAUGGAUUACCUGAAAUCAGGAGUUCAAGACCAUCCUGGCCAAAAUAGUGAAACCUCAUCUCUACUAUAAAUACAAAAAUUAGCUGGGUGUGGUGGUGUAUGCCUAUAGUCCCAGCUACUCAGGAGGAUGAGGCAAGAGAAUCACUAAACCCAGGAGGCAGAGGUUGCAGUGAGCCAAGAUCACACCACUGCACUCCAGCCUAGGUGACAGAGCAAGAUGUUGUCUUAAAAAAAAAAAAAAAAGACACUCUCUUGCAAAAGGACAACUCACAGAAUGGAAGAAAAUAUUUGUAAAUUAUACAUCUGAUAAGGUAUUAAGAACCUCUAUCAGUCAACAACAAACAACUCAAUUAAAAAAUGGUGAAAGGUCCUGGAUAGAAAUAUUUCCAAAAAAGAUAAACAGAUGAAAACAGGUCAAUAAGCAGAUGAAAAGAUGCUCAGCAUUAUUAGUCAUUAGGGAAAUGCAAGUCAAAACACAAUGAAAUACCAUUUCACACUCAUUUGAUGGCUAUUACAAACAAAACAGCAAACCAGAAAAUAACAGGUCUUGAUGAGGGUAUGGAGUAAUUGGAACCCUUGUGCAAUGUAGGAAUGUAAAAUGGUGCAACCUCUGUGGAAAACAGCUUAGUAGUUUAUCCAGAAGUUAAAUAUAAAAUUAUUGUAAGAUCUAUUAAUUCCACUCCUGGGAAUUACUCCCAGAAGAAUUGAAAGCAGGGACAUGGAUACUUGCAUACCAGUGAUCAUAGCAACAUUAGUCACAAUAGUCAAAAGAUGAAAACAACUCAAAUGUCUGUCAAGGAUGACUGGAUAAACAAAAUGUAGUAUGAAUGAAGUUCUGAUAUAUUUUACAAUAUCAAUGAACUUUGAAACAUUAUGCUAAGUAAAAUAAGUAGGGGCAAAGGACAGAUAUCAUUGGAAUUCCACAUAUAUGAGGUGCGUAGAAUAGGCAAAUUCAUAGAGAUUGGAAAUAAACUAGAGGUUACCAGGCUUCUAGUGGUGGGGUGGGGAGCAAAGUGAGAAGUUGUUUAAUGAGUAAAGAGUUUCUGUUAGGGAUGUGUAAAAGUUCCGGAAAAGCGGUGAUAAUUGCACAACAUUGAGAAUGUACUUAGUGCAACUGAAUUGUGUGUUCAAAAUGUUACUUUACCACAGUUUAAAAAAACAUGAAUUCUGGUCUUGCAUUUUGUUAUUCCUGCUCUGCCUCUGGGACGUUGAUAUAGGCAUCACUAACGCUGCUUUUCUCUCUCGUGCGGGAAGUUCCUGUGAAUUGCCUAUGAGCAUUUAAACAAUAUGCUUGGAUAUCUAUGAAUUUUCUAUGAAUUUUUAAACAUCCAGUUAAGAACAGAGGAAUAAAAGCACUGUAUACAAACAUGAACAAAUAAAGGAAUGAUUAGAUUAUUUGAAAAUUCUUUAGGUUUACUCAUAAUUUGCAAUAACCCUGUGAGUGCAGUGAGUCCAGUUUAAUUAUGGAUACCAUAAAGCAGUCUGAACCUAGAGUUUUCUUCAGCUUUACUGCUUAUGAUUUUAUAAAAGCACUCCACAUGGGUCCACUUGGUUUGAGCUUAUAGGCGAAUUGGUCUCCAGCCAUAUGCUCCAUCUCCUUAUGUGUCACACCUCUCCAUCAGAGCUGAAAUGUUCCCCUGAAGAGAAACUUUUUAAAAGCCCACAAACUCCAAUUUAGCCUUUGGCAAUCAUUGUGUUGUGGUGUUUGAGUGUUUUAGACUUAGUAAUAAAUAAUGUUUUAAAACUUCCAAUGUUGUAUGUCUUAUUUGUCGUGCUGUUUGUAUCUAUGGGCAACAGCCCUGGACAUGACAGUCCAUGAAAUGCGAUAAAGUCAGGUUACGAUUGUCCUACCUGUCCCAUAGCCUCACAUUUCCCUCAUUUUUAUCAUAAAUGGCUAAACGAAAUGAGAAGAAAGGGGAUGAGAAAGUGUAUUGGUUUGUGAGACAGUGUCCCUCCAGGAGGCAGUUGGUAAAUUUGGCUAAUCUCUAUAACCUUUACUCUGACACACUUUUACAUCCUUGUUUUCUGUACUUGUAUGUUAUUAUCUUAAAGACUUCUUGGUUUUCAUCUGGGAAGCCCAGUACUGUGGAUAUGUGGGACGGAGAACUGACCCAUUUAAGUAUAUUUCAUUUAUAUGAAAUUUCAUUAAAGAGAAUGCAUUAGCAACAAAAGGCCAAAUUCCAUUUAACAAGAACUUUUGAAACUUUCACCACUGUCACUCUUAUUUCAAACAAAACUACUUUAAGUCUGUUCUGGAAUAAGACAGUGUGUAAAGAGAUAAUAAAAUAUGUUAAGCUAAUGCAAAAGUUUUGGGCUCUGGAUAUGUAAUGAUAUAUUUUAACCUUUUCUAUUUUGGAUUCAGAUCAGGUCUUCUGUUGUGGAUCAAUGGUUCCUAGGUGAAGGGUAGUUCGCUAUGAAUCAUCCUAUUUAAAGCAUCUUGUUGCUAGUGGUUCUGUCCUUGAAGAGUGUAAGUAUAAUACAUCUCCCCACCUUCUCUGCAUGGAGUUAGCUAUGACAAGAAAUGAGUGGCCCUAAACAUACAGCUAGGUUUAUCACAUGAGCGUGUAGCUGAUUCCCACUGGUUGAACAUCCGAGCAUUUGGAAAGUGACAUGCAUGCACAUAUAUUUACAUGCACACAUCAUAUGCGCAUGCAUACAUGUUUUUCCCUCUACUUUUUGGAUGGAGAAACUUGCAGAAAAUGAAAUGUCCAGUGGACAGAGAGACAGUAAAAAGAAUGGCAUGGGAUAAAAGGCAGCACAGAGAUGUAACUUGUAAAACUAGUUUCUUCUUAUUUCCUUUUCCCACGGAAGACAAAGAACCAUUCCUGCCUAGGGUUAAUAGUGUUAGAACAUAUUCCCUUAUGGCAAACACAGAACUCCUGGAAUAUCUUUUAGGAAUGAUGUAUCUUAAGGUGAAAUCCGAUACUCCAAGGAUCUUAGAGUCCUAAGUAGAAACUAUACUGAUAGAGACAAAUUGGUUAUUUCCACCCAACCCUCCAAACUUCACUGUUUGGCUUUUAUUGAAAAUUGAAAGUAUGUCUUUAUUUAUUUACUUUCAUUGCAAAACUUGUAUGGUAAAAGUUUGUUGAUGUACAGCGUAUCCCCAGAGGGAAAUUACUAGAACUAACAAGACUAGGAAUAUUUGUUUUCAAGUGGAUUUUUAAAUUGACCUUGAUAGUUUUCAGUGUUUCUUAAUUAGUGUUUGCAAAUCUGCUGAUUUUACGAAAAAUCUGUUUCUUGCUGUAUUAGAGUAUAGCGUCACCACAAAAUUAGCAUUCCAUAUGUUGUUUUGUUAAACAUCCUUGGUGACUCUCUUUAAAUCCUUUUGGGAAAUGUUUUGAAAUUUGUUGAAACAAAUAUGCAACACUUGAAAAUAAAUGGUGAUUAUCACCACAUUGUUCUUUCUUAAAAGCAUUGCCUGUGUUUGCACUUAGUAGAAAUGCUAUCACUGAACACACAUCCUUCAGAAAUUACUUAUGAGAGGGUAAGGCCUAAUACAAGCCUUUUUACACAGAUAAGGAAAAGCAACUUGCUGCAGAAUUCUAGCAAUGCCAUGAUGCUCUGUGUAAUAAUACAUAACUUUACCAAAGGCUGGAGUGGCAAGUCUCAUGUAUAAAAGACUUUAUUAGAUAUUUUUCCUUCCCUAAAUGGAAUGAGCAAAUUCAGCUUCCUUUUCCUAAAAUCUCCUUCAGUUCUCUUAAGUAGAAACAGAGGAACGUAUUUCAUCUGAAAUUGGAGAACUGGGUUGCAUCUCAUGGUAGUAUCACUCAUUUUUAACCACUUAUUGAAACUGAGAGUCCUGUCUGUGUCUUCAUUUUAGAUUUAAGAUUUAGUCAGCCGGUAUAUUGAACACCUAUUAUGUGCCAGGCAUUGUGCUUGGGGCUAAAGUUGCUAACAGGAAUCAGACAAAAACAGUGGAUUCAAUAACCCUACUUUGAGGGCAUUAUAACUCAAGAGGGGAGAUAAUUUGAAGCAAAAGAGGGCUUUGUGGAGGGGUUCAGGGAUGAUUCACCAGAGGUGGAGAUGCUUAAGCUGAGUCUUAAAAGGUGAAUGCCAGUUUAUCUGGUAGAGAAUGCAGGAUAUGUCACACCACGCUAAGUGACUGAGGUGUAAAGACUGAGGCACUGAAGUGUAAAGUGGUGUAGAAUGCUGGUGUAAUAGCAAUUUCUUCAGUGGGGCUGGAGCAUGGGGUUCGGGACGGGCCAUCGGGUGUAGAUCUAAUACUUUUGUAAAGCUAUAUGGGUGUUUUCUACUGUGCCGAGGAGACUGAGCUUCAAUUUGUAGGAUUGAGAGACUGAAGAUUUUUGAUAAGGGACAGAAUUGAUCAAUGGGGGGAAAGUGGAGAGUUUGAAGACAAAGGUAUUAAUUAGGAAGCUGUUCUAAUAGCCUGGGAGAUGAUGGUAAGGGCCUGACCUAAAUCAUAGCUGUGGGAUCUAUAAAGUUAUCCUGUUUAGGUCUGAGAGCUAGGAAGAAGGAUCAAUUUCACUCUAAGGAAAGAAGGGUCAGAUAGAAAGAAUGAUGAUGACCUCCAUGGUUUGUGGUAUGCAAACCGGGUGCACAGCCACACUAUCUAUUGUUAAAAGAAAUGGUAGACAUUUUAAAAGGAAGAAAACGAGUUCUGUUUUAGACAUGUUUAAUUUGGGGUUACAGUGUAACGGAUCAGAAGUAUGCAUGUUGGCCUUGGUUCUGAUAGUUGAAAGAUUUUCUUUCUUUCUCUCAGUGGCUUAAGACUUCUACUUUCUAUGAGGUAGGGGUCUGAGGAAGGGAGAGGGGUUGAACUCCUGCCCCUCUUCCUCCGCCCAAGUAACAGUGGAUCAUCAUGCGCAUGCACGUACCCCUGAAGUGCUCUUUCCACAUCCCAUCCUCCUCCCAUGCUUUCUUAUCCGCAGGUGGCCAAAGAGAGGAGCUUGUUGAAGACUCCCCUUUCAGCUGUUACUUUCAGUUCAUCUGUCAUGUUGUUCCAUUUUCAUACUUUAAAAUUUGUAAAAAAUUUUCCUAUUUUCUUCUUGCCUGCUUUUAUGACAGUUGCCUCUUCCUCCCAUGCUCUACCAAAGGUGAAAUAGUUCAGAUACUGUCUGUUCUUAGAAGGGUUUGACAGUCCUUUGGUACUUGGUUUAUGUGGUUGCCUUCUAGGAAAUGCUAAAGAAAAGUCAUUAUUUGGGCUGAGUGUGGUGGCUCAUGCCUGUAAUCCCAGCACUUUGGGAAGCCAAGGCGGGAGGAUUGCUUAAGCCCAGGAGUUUGAGACCAGCCUGGACAACAUAAUGAGACCUUUUCUCUACCAAAAAAAAAAAAAAGAGAGAGAGAAAGGAAGAAAAGAGAGAGAAAGAGAAAAUAACUGGGCACGGUGAUGGAUCCCUGUAUUCCCAGCUACUUGGAAGGCUGAGAUGGGAGGAUUAUUUGAGCCUGGAAGGUCAAGGCUGUGAUGAGCCAUGAUUUUGCCACUGAACUCCAGUCUGGACGACGGAACAAUACUGUCUCAAAUAAUAAUAAUAAUAGAAAGGAAAAGUCGCUAUUUGUAGAUUAUUUGGCCUUUUCUUAUUGUUAGGACUAGAGCCUCUUAUGGCUUUCUGCUAUCUAAGUGGCCUAAGUGGGAGCAGUACUUUCUCUGUGAAUGAAUUUUAUAAUUAAAUACUACCAAUUAUUUUAGAACAUGAUCUGAAAGGCCUACUUGUGUACAGCUGCUGGCACGUAGAGCAUACAAAAAACAAGUCCCCCAGAGAUGCCGAGGAGACAGACACAGAUAUAAGUCCUUAAAAGUCCACAGCAGAAUGAGUGGAUAUGUACAUACAGAGAAAAAAGUAGCUAGAAGUAAACAUACCAAAAUAUUUCUUAUCUUGGGAUUGUUGAAUUGUAGGUGAUUUAUUUAUUAAAAACAUGCAACAUCUCAAACAGUAAGCCUACAUAACUUUAUAAUCAAACAACAGUCAUUUCAUAAUAAAACAAUAAUUAUAUCUGUAGGGUAGAGGAAAGGAAUAUACUUGAAAUUGCUCUUAAUAAGAUUUAAUUUCAAUUUAUUCUGUUUAAUUGGCUUGUUGUGAAUCAGAAACUCAGUUCUUUUUUUACUGGAAAUAUGUCUGUCCUUUAGAUCACCAUUUGAUAUCUUGACUGAGAAGAAAAUUGUAUAACCUAGAAAGGGCUGAAUAUUACUGAGCCCUGAGACCUGGGUCAAUGACAGCUGUAAUGUGACCUCUUAUAGGAGAAGCUUGGCCUAACUUAUUUUACCCACUGAGAGAAGGAAUCAGAUCUCCCUAAUGGCAACUUUCCCUUUCUGCUAGUGAACUGAGCACUCUAAAAGAUCUAUUUAGUACUUCAGAGCAGGCUUUUGUAUACUGAGAAUGAAGACAAUUUUGCUGUCUCCAAAAUGCCCAAUAUUAUUUAACCUUGUCUAGAUAAAAAGCCCUUGCUAACUAUGUUCUCAUCUAAGUAGCUCUGUCUCCAAUGUCCUGUCCUCCAGGAAGAAUGGUAAUCCAGGAUUGAUAACCACAUCCUUCAACUAGAGAAACUGGAUUCCCAAGAAGUGCUGUAGACACUGAAAGUAUGUUGUGGGUGUGGGCAGUCGUUAUUACCAGAAUUGGCUUUCGACAGUUGAAAAAUAGGCAGAAUUCAGCUUUAUUUUCUUCUCCUUUUAGUAGUGUUCUCUCAAGUUUUUACUAUUACUCAUCCCCUCUUGAGAAUCCAAUGGAUAACUUACCCCUUAGAUCUCUUUUUGUCCAGACACUUAAGAAAGCUCCUUUCUUUUGAUAGUUAUGUUGGCCAAAUCUGUUAGUCAACUAAUUCAUGGGACACACUGAUGGCUUGAAGUGGCUAAAUUAUUAUACUGCUCAGGUAUAUUCUGCAAAGUAAAGGGAAUAUAGUUUUGAUUAAUGGUAGAUAAGUUUCUGCUGCGGCACAGGUUGUCACCACCAUUUCUUAUACUAAGUCAUCUUUUAUUUUCAUUCAUUCAAAUGUCUUUAUUGAAUAUCAUUUAUAUACUUAGUACUGUUUUCAGCAUUGUGCUUUAUUUUAGAUGGAAACCCUAUUCAUUGGACCACCCUAGUCAUUGGACACCGUGAUUAUCAUGACCCUGUUGUGCUCAAAUCCUCCGAUGUGUUUCCAUCAUGAUCAGCACGAAUUCCAGGGCGGAAUGAUCUAGUCCUAUUUACUCCCCUUAUCUUAUUUUCUCUCUCUAUCCAACCUUCUCUGCUGCUUCAGCCACACUGACCCCUUUGAUGUUUUCAAGCACACUAAGCAAGCUCCUGCUUUGGCAUGCUAGUAUUGCCUGUUAUAUCUAUAUGGAAUAUUCUUUUUACAGAUAUCCGUGGGCCUUAAUGGCUCUUUUUAUAUGACUCUGCUAAAAUGUCACCUCAACAGAGAGGUUUCUCUUGAUCACCAUAUUUAAGUAGCAUUCCUCAUAUAUUCUCUGUUCUCUUUCCUUGCUUAAUUUUCUUUGUAGCAAUCAACAACUGGCAUAUCAUACACACACACACACACACACACACACACACACACACACACGAAUAUAAGCUUCAUAAAGUCAGUUAUUCCUGGCCAUAAUAUAUAUUCAGUGUAUAGUAUACAUAAUAUACUCUAUGUGUGUUUGUUGAAUGACUCUGCUUCCCAUGGAGUGUCUACAAUGUAGUCUUCUUAAUCUUGAGUUCUUAUCUUCUGCCCAACACAUAACCAAGUAAACAGAGACAGAAUAUCAUUACCACACCAAAAAUAAUAAUUAAGUAGAUUCAAUCAUAUGUUCUGAGUACUUAACACAGAUACAAUUAUUAUUAGAUCUACACAUUCCUUUCCUAGGAAGGGCCCUGUUUGCAGGACAUUUGGCCGUUGUGACUUUGGUAUGGCUCUGCUGUUAUUUUUACAUGGUGUUAAUGUGUUCCUGACAUAUUUCAAAGACCAGGCUUGUCAUUUACUUUGAGGGGUCCCAUGAAUUUCUCUCUUACACUUUUCAAAUGAAAUUUCAGAAUUGAAUCAAAUUUAUUGUUUCAAUCAAAAUGGAUUUGAAUUACAGAUGUCUGAUCCCUUAAAAACAGAGCUAAAAAAAGAAAGCUUCCAUCAACUUCAGUUCUUCUUUGCUUGUCUGCUACAAACCAGAACCAAGGACUUUCUAUGAGACUUUAAAAAUCUUUAUUAUGUUAAAAACAUUAUGCAUAUUAAGCUAAACACAUUAUAUUUGCUUAUAUUUGAAGGUUUGUUUCAUCGAGGAAGUUGUAUAAUCCAUGAGCAAGUUGUGGAUGCUUUCUCAAAAUGUGAUUAUAGCUCAUAAAAGUGGUUUUAAUUGACAAUUUUAUGCCAUGGAGAGCCUAUAGCAAUCUUAGAUGCACAUACCUAUAUUUAUAUCUAUAAUUUAUUUUUAAAGAUUCCCUAUACAACACUAUUUUGAAAUUACUAAAGGAGUUUUCCUUCCUUUUUGUUAUUCAUCUGGGUAACCUAAAAAAAUAUUGCUGUUAUAUCCAACUGUUGGCACUGUUGCAGGCAACUAAAAGCUUAAGAAAAUUAUUCCCUCGCCUGUCCCCCACAAAGCCACAUCUAAAAAGGUCACAAAAGGAAACACACAAUUCAAAUAAUCUCCAUGCUGUAUCUAAGAUUAACUUGGACACAGAUGUUUUAACUUACAGUUUGAUCUGGCGUAAUAUAUACAUUUAACAAAAUCCUGUUUUGUAUUGCCUCUAUAAACACUGACGUCUGAUAAAAGUGUAUUGAUUUUUCUGCUGUUUAAGAGCUUUUGAACUAGUGCUUAAAGCAGGUUUUCUCCAAGGCCUAAAUUAACUCUUUCAGCCUUUGACUAUGGUUUCCAUGUAGGAGUUUGUAUGUGCCUUACAAGUAUACAAGUAUGUGUUUGUUUAUGCUGGUAAUGCAUUAGAAUGACAAACCAUUUUGUGGUCUGCAAUAUUUUACUCAGUAGGGACAAUCAUUAGACUUUGUUCUUGAUUUUUUUCUUAGAAGUUUAAAUGAUUCAAUGCUAUUCAUUACUGCUCAUUUUAGAACCACGCUGUAAUCAUUAUAGGCCUAGAUAUUAUCUGAAAAGUUAGUGAAUAGGGGAUUUCUUCUAGCACUCUGGGCAUUUCAAGGUGGACAUCAUUCCUCCUCCUCCCCAUCCUCUGGUCUUUUGUCCAACCUUAAUGUGAGGGCUCUCAAAAAAGUGGGAACAUCCAUCCAGUUUAAGUCUGUCUUGCUUUCAGAGUUGUUUUCACACUCUCUUCUUUGUUGGCCAACAUUCUAACAUGUCACAAGUUUCUUUUCUUACUUUGUGUGGGAGCACAGAGCCACACAAUUGCAAGUAGGCUUCUCUAUGUAAACUGUGUCUUUAGACUAGGUACUUCUUGGGGAAAAAUCUCCAAAUUUAAAAUAGCAAAAGAAAUUUCAAAUUCAGCCUCACCACAACCUUCUACGGAAGGUCGCUGUCACAUGGAAUCUCUUAUGAUGGCAUACAAAGAAAGGCCGUAAGUUAUGUAAGGCACUAGCUCACAUGAGGGCUUAUUAGACUUUGUGUCAUUUUUAAAAGUCUUCAAAUGAAUGAUACCAACUGAGUCUCAGUAUAACUUGGGUAUUUUAUUAGAUAUCUCAUUUUGCAAAUGAUGACAUCAUAUCUGAGAAGGGAUGAGUGGUAGAGGCAAGAACCUAAAUUCUGCAUUUUUUUUUUAACCAGCCAGAAAGAUAUGUGUCUCUAGCUGGAUAUAAUGGAGAAACAAAAAUUUGAUUCAACAGAAAGCUAGUUAACUGGCUAUUUGUGAUACCACAUUUCUUAAUUUUUAAAUUAUUCAGGUACAUAGUAAACAUAACCUAUAACACUGAUAAGAAUAUUUCUUUAUCAGUAAAAUACACACACACAUGCACACAUGCACCCCUCAAGAACAGGGGACAAAAACAGUUUUUGUCCAAACUAGAAACCUAUAAGGUUUUGUACAAAGGACUGAUACCUUAAGAUCUUUCUCAAAUAAAACUUAUAGAAAAUGAAAACUGUUUGAGUGCUUGCUAUAAAAAAACAGCUUUCAGGGGAAUUUGCUCCUCAGCUCCCAAAUACUGCCUCUUUCCUGGGACAGAGCUUCCAAAUACACAUGGACACCAUAGUGGUCAUUGGCGGUAACAUGGUCUGUGCAGAGCAUGGACAAGAAGCAUGACUUGUCCAGACAUCUUGCCAGAAAAUGACAUUGUAAUGAUGCUAUGGCUCUUGGGAAACCCAGUACAGGUAAAGUUAAUAUUUAUUAUUAGAAAGAUGAUGGAGAUGUUUUACAUAUUUUCAUAGAGAUUUUAUUUAAUUUACAUUUUAUAAAAGAAAAAUAUCUUUCUUUAGUUAAUAAGUUCCUUUAGUGAGAAUUAGAAGCAACAAUUAAGCUAAGAGAGCAGCCUCCCUCUGAAGGAUUUGGAUUUGAAUACUGGCUCUGCUAUUUCCUAGCUGUGUAACCUUGGGCAAGUUCAUUGUCCUUUUUGAGCUUCAGUUUUCUCACAUGCAAAGCAUAAAUAAUAAUACCUACCUUUAAGGAUUGUUUUUAAGAUUGUAGAAAUACAUGCAUUGGCCCGAGGUAACUUUUUAAAAAUCAAGUACUCAAUUUAUGUGGAGAAUGGGACUUUGGAUCAUUAAGAGCCUCAUUGCACUUUUAUGCUGCCAAGGAAUUGUUAGUCCUUCACCUGAAAUACGAGUUAGCAGGAAUGAGAUGUAGGGGACAGGGAUUUUAGAUCUUAAGAAGAUGAAUCUAAAUGUAGGAUGUAGGAGAUCCUAAGGAAACACUUAGUCUCUUCUUUCCCUCCCAUGGUUACCAAACCCUUGGCAAAGAAACUGCUCCCCUGAUCAGUAAUGUGUGAAGUGUCAUCCUUUCACUCAAUAUCUUUUCCCAUGUGUUUUUGAGUUGUAUCUACUCAUUUUACCCACCAAAUUUGCUUUUAUUAUCUUCAUCUUUAUAGAGCCAGCACAUCUCUACAGGAACUAGCUGAAUCUGAUUCUGCUUCUUACAUCCCUGACAAAACUGUCAACUUCAUUUCCAUCACAAAAUCUUGGUAGCUCUUAAGGGUGUCACAGCUCAAUGUUUCCCAUCCCAGGUUGAAUUGGCACAGCUGGGGCAAAGAGGCACUGCCUUAAGACUAAAGAAGUGAGCAACUUGAACUGACAAAUAAUUGAGAAAAUACAAACAUGGGUUUAAAUUUCUACUGUAAAAUACCAAUUGUCUCAACAUGGAAGGAUCAUAAAAAAAUAAGCUUUGACUUAACUCAUUGAUAGUUGAGAGUUACAGUAUAAAAAGCAACUAGCCUAUCUGUUCCCUUUGACCUGCGGGCUAUUCUGAUGAUAAUCAUUGCAUUAAAAACCUUUAAAUCUUGUUAAGCCUUUGAUUCUAACCUAAAUGCUAAAGUUAUUUUUUUUCAUUUAAUUGAUUGGAAAAUUUGUUAGGAAAAAUGUAUGCAGUUAUUCUCUCAUCAAUCUAUGAAGUGUGGUAUCCAAAGUUGAUGUUAUGCGGCUUGCUACCGUGAAAAGGAAGGCUGCAUUAGCCACAUUGUUAAAAAAUCGUGUCUUCAAAGCAAAGAAAAUGAGAGUUUCAAGAGAAAUUGUCUAUUAGGGGAGUGGCUCGGUGGUGACUGCAUUAUAUUUUCAAAAAAAAGAACUUUUUUAGUUACCUGAAGUUGACGCUCCUUUUUUCCUUCAGACAGACUUACUUUAAACAGUUUUGGUGGACAUAUUAAUCAUUUUGCUCUUUGUUAGUUAGAACAUACUAAAACUUACUUUUCCUGAAGGACAUAGGAUUAAAGUAUUUUUUCAUUUAUUUAUUCAACUGAUAUUUGCUGAGUGCCCAUGCACUAGCAGUUACUGUAUAAACGGAGUCUUAAAGAAAGGAGGCCCAGCCAUGUCAAGAAUGGGGAGAAUGGAGCUCCCAGCAGGGAGAACAGCAUGAGCUGUCCCUGAAGUGGGAAAGCACUUGGCAAGUUUUGCAGAACUGAAGAACAGUGUGGUUAGAGCUUAGUGUGAGACAAGGAGAAUGGAACAAGAAGAGACUGGAAUGCAGUUAAACGCAGAGGGACUGUUAAUGUACAUGGAGCGAUUGCCCUUAAGUUAAAAUGUCACUAGGCUGCUGCACAUCUUCUGAUACAUGUGAUGUAUUUGUUUUGUGAUGUUUCUGAUGUCUUUUCCCCAGUUGCUUCCUUCAUUGUGUUAAUUCUUUGACUUUGCAGGAAUUCUAAAAUCUGAGUCUAGUAGCAUUUCCUUUUUUUCUUUCUAAAUAGUCUUCUAUUGGGCUGGAGGAUUUGAUAGCCCCCCUAAUUAGGAUUAUGUCUAAACUAAGAGUAAAACAGGCAUGAGUUUGGAACAGGUACACUCUCUGGGCAAAAACUGUAGGCUUUUUUUUUUUUUUUUGAGAUGGAGCUUCCCUCUUGUCACCCAGGCUGGACUGCAGUGGUGCGAUCUCAGCUUACUGCAACCUCCGCCUCUUGCAAUCUCCGCCUCCUGGAUUCUAGUGAUUCUGUUGCCUCACCCUUCCAGUAGCUGGGAUUACAGACACCUGCCACAAUUCAGGGCUAAAAAGCUUUAGGCUUUAAUAAAUGUACCACACUCCUUCUGGGCCUCAGUUUCCUUAUCUGUAAAAGCAGACUACUGAUCAAAAUACCACAUAAAGGCCCUUUCAAUUUGUAAUUUUACUUACAAUAAAAGAUCUUUAAAACAUAUUGCGUUUUAUUAUGCUUGCCCUUGACAUAUCUUAAUUAACUGCAUGCAUUAAAUACUGUUUAAAAUAACAGCAUCCUCAAAACAUUAAUAUUGACCAAAGUAAAGUAAAAAAUUGAAGUAUUGAGAACUACUGUAUAAAUGAGAUUAUUUAUUCUAUUACAUUUUUUCUUUAUCUGACUAUGAAAUUUGUUAUGAGAAAAUGUGAACUCAAGUGCAAAUUAGUUUUGAGUUCCAUGUCUAAUCAUUUCUUAAUUUGGUGAAUGCAUGUCAUUAUUUUCUUAUUCCAAAAUUUUCAGUUCUACAUUUUCUGUACACAGGAGUGUUACAAUUGUUCAUGAACACACAAAUAUUAUCUCUGAAGGGAGAAGCUGUUGCUUUGGUUUUCCUGUCAACAACAGCAUUUGCCAUAGUAUUUUGAACAAAAUAAAUGCUCAAGAAAAUGUUGUUUGAAUGAAUGCAUCAAUGAGAAAAAUUCCUUGGCUUGAAUCUGACUUAAAUAUUUGCUAAAUGGAUCAAGCGCCACCACCGAGCUACUUUUCUAUCUUCAGAAAAAUUUUUAUCAGGCACCAGUUACUUAAAAAUAAAGCGUGAAUCUGCGGUAUUCUUAAAUUCUUUGGGAUUAUGUAGGAAUGUGUAAAAUGAUGUUCAAGAGUCUCAGGGGAAAAGGGUUAGUAAGCAACACUUACAUAGAAAUGAAACUGUUUCAGACAGUGGUCAACCUCAGCAAAGUAUUUGCAAAAUAGCAAUCGAGUGACUGCUCUCCUUUGCUUUGGGGGUCAGAAGCUGUCCACUUACCUUACUCCUCACUAAUUGCAGGGAGGGAUGAGUGGAAAGCAGGGCACUGGACGAGUGCUGACAGCUGUCCCAAACAUGGCGUCUUGUUUCCUGUGGGCCCAGGUCUGCUUAGCAUUAUGCAGUGCUUAGGUUCGUUCGUUGUGGUCAGUGUUUGCUGGGAGGUGUAUGAGACACUGGCUUUCCAGGAGGAAAACUCCUGGAUAUUUUUAUACCAGGCAUACAAAUUUGAGUGCGGAAAAUUGAUUGUAAAAAUUCAGGAGGGAAAAAGAAAAUUUUUUGGUGUGGCAGCAGGGAAAAUAUUUCUUUUGCCUCCCCAAAGAAAAAGAAAUUCUGCAGGGCUCAGAGUUUGUAUAUGAAAAGAGAUAAAUUCAUUCCUAGAAAUAUUUUGGUAUCACUGGCUCUCAGGUGGCUCAUGUUCCAUUCAUUGGUGGUCAGAGCUUUCUGGGAGUUAAGGAAGGAGAGGUGAGGAGUUCGAGGGGAGAACCUCACAUAUAAGCGGGGCACGUUUCGUGUGAUAUAACAAUCACUGAGCCCCCUAGCAAGUAGUGGAAAUUAUGUAUUAAAUUAAUCUGUGUCUAACUUUAAUGAGGAUUAUCUUCAGUUUAAAAAGCAAAAAUGGAAAAAAGCAUCUGGUGAAAAAUCCUUCACACCUCUGGAAUAAAUUUAUGAUUUUAAUCUCAUCAUAUUAUCCUAAAGUUUAAAGUCUUAACUUUUUCUUAGGAAUAAGCAGCUAAAUUGAUGGUGCGUCAGGUCGCUACUGGCUUUCAAUUUCAGGGAUGCUGUGGUGAAUGAAGGAUGAAAGGUGUGUCUGAGAAAAACUUGAGCCUAUCUAAUUAUUUCCAAGUCAAAUUGUGUCAUUGGUAGCAUCCACUGCGCCAUCAGACUCCUGAGAAAGAAGAGAAGACAGGAUACAUGCAUGGAGGCACGUGAUUCGUCUUGAAGUCGUUUGUCCUCUGAAUUAUUUGGAGAGCGGGCUGAGAAACCCUGGGACUAAGGACGUAGGGUAGAGUAAUAAAAAUGCACCCUAUCACAAUGUCUAAGCACAAAUAUUCACUUUUCGUUUCAGCUUAAGCUGUGAUCUCUCAAAACUGCUUGUUCAGCCUUUCUUAAUACCAGGGUAACUUAAAAACAAAUCCCAUCUUCUACCAAAACUGCUUUAGGAAGCAGCUCCUCUGGGCCCUGGCUUUGACAGGAUUCACUCUGAAAUGGUCCUGUUUCAUCCAACCAAUAUAGCAAAUCUGUUACUUUUAUAACAGAAGAAUCUGACAGGAUUUUCCAGAGGCCAGCUGUGGAUCUUUAGAUUGUCGUCAUGUUACUCAGAACAGAACAACUGUUUGAAUCAAAGCCAAAGAUGUCCUUGAAUCAUUUGGUAUCAGGGCACUAAUGAGCUCUGCAGACAUUUCAGAUUCCUUUUCCUUCCCAUCCCUUCCUCCCCAUCCACCUUACCCAGGUGUGACUUAAUCCAGUCUAUUUUUCCCCUAAGUAAUAAGCUGUGACACACAUACGCUCAUGCACACACAUACAUAUAGACAUAAGAUUUAUAGGUGUAUAAUCUGUUUUGUAUGGUGAAGUGAGGUUUCAAAACAGUGGUUUUUCAAGAGAAGCAGCAGAAUUUUCAUUGACCUAUUUUAAUUAAUAGAUAGGUAGAAGUAGAGCUUUGAUUUUCAUUGUGUUCUAUAGUUUUUAGAAAUGACAAGUUCCUUAAUGAUCUGUUAAGCCAACUCUGAGUUUUUGGAGAUGAGAAAACUGAAGCUCCGAGUUUGAAGAGAUUUACCCAAGAUCCCCCAGGUAGCAUCUGGUAGAGCUGGACUCAAGCAGGUUAUUGAAUACUGGGUUCUUUUUCCUCUAUAGUACACAGUUUGAGAGGCUUAUUCAUGUUUCUUACUUUCUCCAUUUUUCUUGUGCUUAAAACUGUCUGUUAUAAAUGGGCAAGUUUUAUUCACCUAUGAUGUUUCUUUUUCUUGUUUUUCAUGGCAAAUUGAUGAAAUUGUGUUAUUCCGGAGUCAUGUUAUAUGAGCACAUGUAAUUUCAGUCUGUUAUGCUCACUGUUCCCUGCCUCCUACCCCACUACAUCUGGGUGAUGAAUUCCCACUUAUAACCAGAGCUCAAGUCCUCUGUGAGUCUCUACGCAAAACAAAACCUCCCCUGGAUACUCACCUUCCCUCACCCUUGGCAACUGCUCCUCUCUCUACUCCAGCAAGACUUUGUAUAUGGAAGCAUGAGCAUUCCUACAUUCUAUUGUAUAUAUUUAUUCAUUAGCUUACCUCUUUUUUAUCCCCAGUUCUACAACAUUGCAAAUGAAAUUCUUUAUAGAGCAACCCCCUACAUAACUUAAGACUGUUCUAACCUUUAUUUCAAAUUUCAUUUCUGAAGAUGUAUUAUGUCAUCUUGAAGGUGGGCCUCCUAGUUUGCUGUUAUUCUUGUUGUUGUUGUUUUUGAGCCAGAGUCUCGCUCUGUCACCCAAACUGGAGUGCAGUGCCAUGAUCUCGACUCACUGCAACCUCUGUCUCCCUGGUUCAAGAAAUUCUGUUGCAUCAGCCUCCCUAGGGAUUAACCACGUCUGGCUAAUUUUUGUAUUUUUAGUAGACAGGGGUUUCACCAUGUUAGUUGGGCUGAUCUCAAGCUCCUAACUUCAGGUGAUCCACCUGCCUCAGCCUCCCAGAGAGCUGGAAUUGCAGGCGUGAGCCACUGUGCCUGGCCAAGCCUGUUAGUUUAAGCUUCCACAAGAUUGUGAAUUAGCUUCCUACUUUUUAACCAACAUUUAUUGAGCAUCAAGUACUGUGUUACAAAUAACCCUGCGGCUUGCUUUUGCAGACAUUAUCCCAUGAAAUAUUCACAAUAAUCCUGGAGAGUUAGGUUGGCCUAACUUAUGUAUAAAUACAGAAACAGAGCAGAAAGAGGGUACAUCUUUUGUAAAGUCUACUGAGUAUCUACAUCUGAGAUUCAAACUCAAUCAUUUGAACCAGUGUUUAAGAUCUCUACCCCUCUACCCUGCAUCCCUCCUUAUCUCAUUAAGCAGAUUUUUUUAGUAUGCCUAUACUUCAACAAGAUAGAAGCAGGAUUGAGGGGGAGGUGUUGGGAGAAGUUUUGGAGUAAAUUCUUUGGAUUGUCUGCCUCAAACAUACCCCUCCAAAAGUCAUCACUACCAAUAUGAAAGUGUAAACUGUUAUACGUCUUAAAGAAGAGGACUCAGGCUCCCUCGGCUCUCUGGUAUUGUUGCCUUAUUUACUGUUUAUCAUUUGUCUGAUUUAAUUUCUUACCAACAUUACUUUUUGAAAAAACUAACCACUGAAAGAUAGUUGCUAAUUAUCGCAGAAUAAUGAAGAAGAGGGGAUGGCAUAUUCAAAUUACUAGUUGAUUCAAAAUGUAGAAGGUGAUGUCUGAUAGCUUCCUCCCACCAAAUUCUUGUCAGAACUCUAUUUAACAGCAAACAUACAUUGCAUCUACUUUUUCCUCUCACAUCUUUUAAUCUCAGAAUUUCUUUUGGUUCAUUAAGUGGCAAUAUGUAAAAUGGUAAAAGAAGCGAAAAAUUUCUUAGGUUUCCAUCACUUGUACCUGAAGAAUUAAGAGUUUUAUGAGGUUGGGUAUGGUGGCUCAUGCCUGCAAUCCCUGCACUUUGGGAAACUGAGGUAGGAGAAUCACCUGAGGUCAGGAGUUCAGACCAGCCUGAACAACAUGGUGAAACUCCAUCUCUCCUAAAAAUACAAACAUUAGCCGGGCAUCAUGGCACACACCUGUAAUCCCAGCUACUCGGGAGGCUGAGGCAGGAGAAUUGCUUGAACCGGGAACGGGAGGUAGCAGUGAGCUGAGAUCAUGCUAUUACACUCCAGCCUGGGUGACAGAGCAAGACUGUGUCUCAAAAAAAAAAAAAAAAAAAAAGAGUUAUGUGUAACCAUGUAAUGCUUCUCCCAUGUUGUAAAAACUAGACAGUAUCACUGGGUUGUGCCAAGUCAGCCCUUUAUAAUUCACUGUUGCUCAUGUUUUGCAUCUAUCAUAUCAGUUAGUACUAAAAAGUAUAACACAGGCCCUUUCAUUUACAUAAAAUAAAAAAUAAGACUCAUGAAGCUUAUUGAGCUUUUUAAAUAACUCAGCUCUAGUGGCAGAGCAGGAGUGCGUUUAAAAGCAUGAAUGAAAAGUGAUGAGAAGUAUUUAUCUGUUGAUAGAACAGCAGCAGCCUGAAGGUUGACUCUUCCUGUAGCUUUGAACCAUUUGAUUGCUAUUUGUCUUCUCCCUUUCAACUGUCAAACAAGGGAAGCAGGUUUUGUAAAGGCAAUAGAGAAAGAAAGGGAAAGGGGUCUUCCCUCAGCAGAGGAAAAUGUUUCUUCGAUUUGGUUUGCUUAGAAGCUAUUUUAUCCCACCAAAAGGAUAAAAAAAUCUCUCCCAUGUGUGGAGAGCAGGGAACAUGUAGUCAGGGAAAUUGGAGGUUCUUGGAGACCUAAGUGUUAAUGAAGAAUUAUACAUGUAAGUCUGGCAUGAAAGGUAGGCAUGGAGCAUGGCUGUUCAAAAUGUAGCUACUGGUCAGAGCAGUCCAGCUGGUAAACCCGACCAGAGGCAGGAGUUGCCAGGAUUGUCUUUGAUUUGUAUAGGCAACGACUUGGCUGAGUUUUGUUAGAGCCAUUGUUUUCAAAUUUUUUUUUUUAUCAUUUGAACUCUUUUAUCAAAUAAAAUAUCAAUAUAUAAAACAGAUAGUAGCAGAGGUGCUCUGGUUGCAGUAGGGGAGAAGGCCUGCCUCCUAAGCUUCACCUUCCCUCUAGUAGCAGAUGCUCAAGCAUCAGAUUUCCCCAGGAAAUAAUUCAGAAACAAUACAAGGAAAAGUGAUUGGUGAGAUCCCUUAUCAUCCUAUUUUUGGGGGGCUAUAGGGAGUGAUGCUCAGACUAGCAUAGCCCCAGACCAGAAGCAUCAGGAUUACUGUGAACUUCUUAGACAUGCAAAUUCAGAAUCCAGAUCUCUUAGGUGGCGCCCAGCAACUGUGUUUUAAUAAGACCUGCAAGUGUCAAGACCACCAAAGUUUGAGAACCAUUACUAGAGCAGUAGUUCAGAACUUAAGCUUUCUCAGAUCCAUUGUGUAACUGAAUCCUCAGAGAAGCAGGCACCACUUGCAAGGAUGGAAACACCUAUGAGAGAAAAUGCGGCAGGAGCUGGAAAAGACUGCGAGAGCUACUGAAAUUCAUGUAUGUCUACUCUGAGUAGAGGAGAGAUGGAAGGAAAUUGGGUGGAAGCAUCCCUAUUAGUUCUAAUAUCUGGGCAUCUUGUAAUUGGUCUCCAUUAUUUGUAAUUUCUCUUGCAAAUGCCAUAUUUUCCUGGACUUUUUUUUCCUGUGGCAUGUUGGGGGCAGUUAUGUAGAGUAAAUUUAGAUUGGUUUCUAGUCAUGAAUGAUCUUUUUCGUAGACUCUGUAUUUUGAUAUACUCCCCUGAAGAGUGCUGUUUUUUAAAAAUAGUCAUUUCAUUUUGCUGGACUCAAACUGUCCAGCAAAAGAACUAAUCUUGGCUGAGUUCUUUUAGCUUUAGCUAUCAGUGCUAUGUGCACAUCACAGGGUCAGCCACAGUUGGAACAAAGUUUGUAGACUCUGCAUUUUGGGCUGUCUCCUAUCUGGAAUUUCCCCUUUGCUUUCCAGUAGCUGUAGUGUCCUUGAUUUCUAUUCUCUGGUUCUAGUAAGACUGUGCUUUUUUCAUGGGAGUUUUAUUCUCCUCUCAUGGAUCUGACCAUUUUUUGUUUAUUUCUUUAUUUUUUGCUUUAAGUAUCUUAUGGUUUGGUAUAUUUGGAUUCUUUACUGGAAUGUGUAUGCAUAUGUAGAUAUUCAUAAAUUAUGCCUUUAUUAUUAUCCCUUUCUUUAGUGUUUUGUCCUCAAAUUU